GAAGCAUCCCUCUCCCAGCUUUUCUUGCUAAACACAAAUCGCACUGCUGUUGUACUUCCCGAUCUUUCGUUUUGGUGGCGAAUGAAUAAUAUUGGUCAUAAUUUAGCUGAGGACAGCAGCUUUAUAAAAUACCAAUACAACAAUGUCGAGGUCGCAGGUGCCCACUCUCACGAUGUGGAAAAGGCUGGGGUGAAGGAGGAACUUGUCGAUUCAGUUGCGGGGAAGCCUGUAAUUGUGUCUGAAAACACCCCUAAAACGCAUAUCGAAUCUGAAUUCCCAGAUGAAAAACAAACACGGCAGCCAGAUGAAUCUUCUGUGACGGCUCUCGACGACAAGGAUGAUUUCCCAGAAGGCGGUCUGAAAGCAUGGAGUGUAGUCGGUAAGUGAAUAUAGCUGUAAGUUAAUACAGUAGUAAGUUAAUAUAAGAAAUAAUAGUUGGUUCAUUCUGUGGUGGCUUCUCAGUCUUUGGAAUUAUCAACAGCACUGCUGUUCUUCUCGACUACUUCCAGCAAAACCAACUCAAAGACAAAACAGCUAGUCAAAUAGGAUGGAUUUUUGGGCUCGGUCUCUUCGCUACCUUCUUUCUAGGAGCACCGGUUGGGCCAAUUUUCGAUGCCUAUGGGCCCCGAGCCUUGAUUUUUGCAGGCAGUGUCCUUUUGGUGCUCAGCAUGUUCCUCCUAGGAGAAUGUACUGGUAUGUCUUCCUCGAUACUUAAUCAUUCCAUAACUAAUGCAUCUUCUAGAGUACUGGCAUUUCUUCAUGGUUUAUAGUGUUCUCAAUGGCAUUGGGGGAUGCCUCAUUGUAUCUCCUUGUACUGCUUCUGUGGGACACUUUUUCCUCGUCAGACGUGGAAAUGCAACAGGAAUAGCAAUGACGAGUGGAAGCAUUGGUGGCAUCAUAUUUCCUUUGAUACUCCAACCUUUGAUUCCAAAGCUUGGUUUCAAAAAUUCCAUGCGCAUAAUUGGUGGGAUUUUGUUCGUCCUGCUCGUUGUAACGAACCUGACAGUCCGAAGUCGCUUACCGCGAAAGAAAAUGACCAGUCUGAAAGAGAUAUCCCCAGAUAUCUCAAUCCUCAAGGAUGCUCCUUUCGCCUUAUUGACACUGGGUAUCUUCCUCAUGGAGGUAAGCUUACCCCCGAGACGUGCUAAAACUCGUACAAAUAUAAUAGACUGACACUAAAAACAGUGGGCCAUCUUCGUUCCUCUCACCUUUAUUACAAAUUACGCAACAACACACGGUCACUCAAACAAGUUUGGCUUUCAGAUCUUGGCAAUUCUGAAUGGCGGAAGUUUCUUCGGGCGCUUCCUCGCCGGUAUAUUAGCGGAUAUGAUGGGCAGAGUUAACACACUCAUCAUAACAAUAUUCUUCUGCGCCGUCUCGUGUUUCGGACUUUGGCUUCCCGCAGGCGAGUCCACCCCUAUGAUCGUUGUCUUCGCAGUCAUAUUUGGGUUUGUCAGUGGAAGCAACUUGAGCUUGAGUCCCGUCUGCGUGGGUCAAAUGUGCAAAACAGAGCACUAUGGCAGAUACUUUGCUUCUUGUUGGAUGUUUGUCUCUUUCGGGACUUUGACUGCUCUUCCCAUUGCUGGCCAGAUUCUCACUGCCAACGGAGGAAAUUAUGAGGGCGUUAUCACAUUCGCUGGGCUAGCGUAUACUGCUGCUUGCUUGUGUCUUAUUGUAGCAAGGGUUCUGCGAGUUGGUUGGAAGAUCAAUAUUGUAUAUUGAACUUGUCCAAUACUCGCCUCCAGCCAUGAGGUCUCUACUCCAAUCAUGAUGUUUUUACUCCAAUGAACUCGGAUUUGGAGGUAGAGAAGGACAAAUAACACAUUACUUACGGCUGCAUCAUGUGUACACAGAUCGGGAACAUAGUAGAUUACAUGCCUCGCCAUUUCGUUGAUUCAUAUUCUUUCCUUGGUUUCAUAGCUGGUCUCCAUUCUCCUGCUCGUCCCCAGCGAGGCGAAGGAGAAGGGACACUGGCUAUCAAAACAUCGACUUCUAAGUCCUUCUUUCUUUCUACCAUAGCUUCUUUUAAGAGGUAAUACUUCUUACACUCACUUAUACGUAUACUUCCAAACUUACGAAGAAUGAAUACACUUCUCC